AUGGUCCUCUUCCUUGGCUCCAUCGCCAAGUUCCUCGUCGGCUACGCCGCCCUGACAAUCUCCUUCUACAUGCUGUCCUACGUCGUCCCCAAGGCGGCCUUCGUGGCCCGCGUCCUCGCCGCCUACAUGACGCUCAUCGCCUGCGCGCUCUACGGCGUCUUCGCCUCCAUCGUCCUGACCCUCGUCGGCAAGCAGCAGAUUGCGCAGUGGACCGUCGCGCGGGCCUUCCACUACUCCAUGCAGCUGACCACGGGCGUCGAGUUUGUCGUCGACGACCCCGGCAACGUCCUCAACACCACGCGGCCCGCCGUCUUCAUCGGCAACCACCAGACCGAGCUCGACGUGCUGAUGCUGGGCGCCAUCUUCCCCAAGUACUGCAGCGUCACGGCAAAGGCCCAGCUCAAGAACGUGCCCUUCCUCGGCUGGUUUAUGAGCCUCAGCGGCACCAUCUUCAUCGACCGCAAGAACAGCAAGGACGCCCGCUCUGCCAUGGACGGCGCUGCCACCGAGAUCAAGACCAAGCGCCAGAGCGUCUACAUGUUCCCCGAGGGCACUCGCAGCUACACCAAGGAGCCCACGCUGUUGCCCUUCAAGAAGGGCGCCUUCCACCUGGCCGUGCAGUCGGGCGUGCCCAUUGUCCCCGUUGUCGUGGCCAACUACAGCCACGUCCUCUACAUCAAGGGCCUAGUCUUUAACUCUGGCAAGAUUCCCAUCAAGGUCUUGCCCGCCAUCCCCACUGCAAACCUCACCUCCGCCGAUGUCGACGAGCUCACCCAGUCCACCCGCGACCUCAUGCUCAAGGAGCUCCUCAGUCUCACCGAAAAGGCCCGCGGCCACCCAAUCGCCGUCCCCACCUCCCUCAACGGCCACUCCACAGCAAAGAGCACCGCUAUCAACUAG